AGCGACAGAGCCACCUGGAGGCUGCACAGCACAGUCGGAGAAACACGGUCAUUUUCAAACCCGAAAAUGGUCAAAUCGGGGAAACUUCGGUCUGGAUCGGGGUCGAAACUCAAACGGUGGAAGAAAGGACACAGUAGCGAUUCAAAUCCGCAGACGAGUCGCUUUCGAGAAGCUGCUAAAAGCCGCUUCUUCAGCCGACCCACCGGAAAGAGUGAUCUAACAGUUGAUGCUCUCAAGCUUCACAAUGACCUGCAGACUGGUCCUCUGGAGAUCCGUGCAGGCGACCGUAAGGAUGACCGCAUGGAAGAGGAGUCUGAUAGAGCUUUAUCAGAGAGAACCUCGGCCACCUUCCUCAGCGGUCUGUCCGACUGCUCCAACCUCACCUUCAGAAAGGUGCAGCGUUUCUGGGAGUCCAACUCAGCCGCACACAAAGAGAUUUGUGCAGUUUUAGCAGCCGUUACGGAGGUGAUCCGAGGUCAAGGAGGGAAGGAGACUGAAACAGAGUACUUUGCUGCUUUGAUGACAACUUUGGAGGUUGUGGAUUCAGCAGAGUCCCAGACUGCUGUGGCGUACCUACUCAACCUCGUCAUGAAACGGGUUCCUGCUCCAGUGCUCAUGUCUAAGUUCUCAGACACCACCAAGGCUCUCAUGGAUGUCAUGUCUAAACAGGCCACAUCUGACACCACCUCUGCUCUUAGAUGGAUCCUGUCAUGUCUGGCUACUUUGUUGAAGAAACAGGACGCUUCUGUCUGGACCUACCCAUCUACUCUGCAGGCUUAUCACGGCCUGCUCAGCUUCACUGUGCACAGCAAGCCUAAGGUUCGCAAAGCAGCACAGGAAGGUGUUUGCUCCAUUCUUCGAGGGAGUGACUUUCUGUUUGCAGACAAUGCCCCGACUCAUCACCCUGCGGCGGUAUCCACCGCCAAGUUCUGCAUCAAAGAAAUGGAGCAUGCAGGAGGCAGUAAGGAGGACACCACUACACUCCACGUGCUCGGUCUGUUGAAGGAGCUGAUUGGUUCGUUUCCUCUGGGAGCUGUCAAGUCUUGUUGUGAGACUCUGCUGCGAGUGAUGACGCUCAGUCAUGUGCUGGUUACAGCCGGCGCCAUGCAGGCGUUUCACAGGCUGUUCAGUGGGAAGCCAAAUCCUUCAUCGCUGUCGCCAGAGCUCAACGCACAGAUCAUCACGGCCCUGUAUGAUUAUCUCCCCAGCGAGAACGACCUGCAGCCUCUGCUGGCCUGGCUCACCGUUAUGGAGAAAGCACACGUACACCUUGCAGGUUUGCAGAGCUCUCUGAGUCUGGGUCACCUUCCUCGCCUCUUCUCUGCCGCCAUGUCCUGCCUGUUGUCGCCACACACACAGGUGGUCUCAGCAGCUACCGGUACACUAAAGACGUUGUUGACCGAAUGUGUUGCACCUCACAUGGAAGAAAUGGGUGUGAUAUCGGCCUCCACGUCUGCAGGGAAUCCCUCAUAUAUCUCCAAAAUGUUUCGUAUCGUAGAGGAUGGAUUGUCUUAUCGCUUCCACGCCUCCUGGCCCUUUGUGCUGCAGACUCUCGGUUGCUUCUAUAGAGCUGCAGGGAAACAGGCUCAUCCCAUCAUGACCAAGUCGCUGCAGUCUUUGGCAGACCUGCGCGCCACUCCUCACUUCCCCUUCAGCGGCGAGUUGGACCUGGCCGUCGGGGGAGCCGUGGAGAGUAUGGGGCCUGAAGUCGUGCUCACUGCCGUCCCUCUCAACAUCACCGGCUACGAUGAUGACUUGGAGUUCCCGCGCAGCUGGCUGAUUCCCGUCAUACGAGACCACGUGAAGAACACCCAGCUUGGGUUCUUCACGUCUUACGUCCUCCCUCUGGCCUCUACUCUCAAGCAGAGAGCGGAAGAGUUGGAGCAAGCAGAGAAGAAACUGGAGGCCAAAGUCUACCAGACAUUACAGCUUCAGCUUUGGACCAUGCUACCUGGAUUCUGCACGUGUCCCGUGGACCUGGUGACGUCUUUCAAAGGCCUUGCCCGAACUCUCGGCAUGGCCAUUAACGAACGGCCGGACCUGAGACUGACGGUCUGCCAGGCUCUGCGCAUCCUCAUCAACAAGAGCGGCUCAACGGAGGAAGCCAAGACCGAGAUGGGCCGCUUCUCUAAGAACUUCCUGCCCAUCCUUUUCAACGUGUACAGCCAGCAGCCUCCGGCCGGGGAGUCUGGGACGUACAGGAUGGCCGUGCUGGACACCAUUAAAGUCUACUUAACCGUCACCGACACGCAGCUGAUCUGCACAUUCCUGCAAAAAGCCACUGAAAGGUUGAGCAGCGCGGAGAGCACCGAGUUCAUACGGCUCUCAGUGAUGGACCUGCUGGUUGCCAUGGCUCCCUUCGUGGAUGAAGUCACCAUGACAAAAACAUUUGAACUGAUUCAACCGUAUUUGGAGGCCAAAGAGCCGGGCAUGCAGAAGAAGGCGUACCGCGUGCUGGAAGAGAUGUGCGGCGGGGAGAGAGACGAGUGCAAAUCGUUUGUCGUGUCUAAUCUGGAGACACUCAAACUCAUCCUGCUCGACACUCUGAAAGGAGCCUCUUCACCAGCAAAGAGGCCGAGGUUGAAGUGUCUGAGCCACAUACUGAAAAGGUUAAACGAGGAACACAAGGACUUUAUCAGCGCGCUGCUUCCAGAGGUGAUUAUAUGUACCAAGGAAGUGUCCGUCGGGGCUCGUAAAAGCGCCUACACUCUUCUGGUGGAGAUUGGAAAUGCUUUCAUUCGCUUCUGUGGAAACACAAACGAUGCCAUGGAUCAGUUCUUGGUGUUGGUGUACGCAGGACUCACCGGCUCCGUCACCAUGAUCACCUGCACGGUGUUGGCCCUGACGCGGAUAGUGUUUGAGUAUAAAGACUCCAUCGAGGUGUCCACCUUGGAGCAGCUGCUGCACAACGUUUGCCUGCUGCUGUCGUCUCGCACCAGAGAGAUCGUCAAAGCCGCCUUGGGUUUCAUAAAGGUCAUCCUCUUCAUCAUGGACCCCAAAACGCUGGCCUCGCACGUCACUGUCAUGAUGGAGGGCGUUGGAAACAUCAAAGAUGACAUGAGGAGACACUUCAGAACUAAACUGAAGAACAUCUUCACCAAGUUUAUCAGGAAGUUCGGUUUUGAGCUGGUGAAAAGCAUGCUGCCUGCAGAACACCACAAGGUGCUGGCAAACAUCCGCAAGGCCGAGGCGCGCACCAAGAGGCGAAAGCAGGCUGCCGAGGAGCACGACGAGUCGGACAGCGAGGAGGAGGCGCCUAAAGCAAAGGGCGAAAGUAUUGAAGACAUCCUCGCAGACUCUGACAGUGACUUGUCAGGAGAUGAAGAGACGAAGCCUCGUGGCGGUCAGAGGAAAGCAAGCAGGCAGCAGAAAGGCAAAGCGUGGCUCAAAGAGGGAGAGGAGGACGACCCGCUGAACUUCUUGGAUCCAAAGGUUUCCCAGAGAGUUCUGGCCACCAAACCACAACUAAAGAAGACGGCUAAAGUGGAUCACGGCUUUAAAGUGACCUCAGAUGGACGGCUGAUCAUCAGAGAGGAUGAUGAGGAGGACGGCAAAGAUAAAAAUGAUGCAGAAGAGAUGAACGAUAUCUUAGAAGAAGCAGGAGUUAAAACUAAAAAGACACAAAAAAGGAGGUUUCAAGAUGACGCUUUGGAUGAUGACAUGGAAGUAGAGCCUCUUACAAAAUAUAAAGCCGGCGGCUCAGGUAUUCACAGAUCUCUGGGAGGCGGCCAAGACUUUGGAUCUGAUUACAAAUCAAAGAAAGGAAAAGGAGAUGUAAAGAAACAAGGAAAACCUGAUCCGUAUGCGUACAUCCCACUGAAAAAGGCCCAACUCAAUCGCAGGAAACGUGCCAAGCUGCAAGGCCAGUUCAAAGGCAUGGUGCGGGGAGCCCAGAAGGGGGCGCUGUCUGGAAAGAAAAUGCAGAAGAAAAAGAGGAAAACAUGAAGAGCAUACUCCAUAUUUCUCAAUAGACUCUAACUGUGAUGCGUGUGUGAUGGCAUGAUCCUAAGCAUGCUCAAAUGUAGAUAAAAUACUGUUAUUAACAUGAAAGGACUUUCAUGAGCACAGCAAACAUGCUGAAUAUGUCGGCCUUUAUGAACAUUUUCAAACUUGACAGAAAAUUAUUAGAUGGUCAAGAGACAUCUAAGUAAUUAUUUUACCAUACAUUGAAUGAAUCUCUCGAGUGAUAUCAAUAAAUAUAUUUAUAUGCAAACACAAUGGACAAAAUACAGCUAUCAAAGGAAUAGUUUUGUGUCUGCUGACAUCUCUGGGUGGUUGAGUAAAAGCAUUCAUUAAUGCUAUAAAGAUGAUUUCAACAUCACUAAGGCUGUGUAGACUAAAAGGUUUUUUUCAUUUCAUCAUCUGAAACAGUCGUUUCCAGUUUUAUUUACACUGACAACCCUUCAAGACAGCAGUUGUAGGUUGUUCACAUGCAUUUACAAUCGUUCUUCACCCAACUGGGUUUCAGCAACUUGAGUCGUGCAGCGUUCUGCUCAUUAGGAUAUUCCCAGACUCGCUAUGAUUGGAAUUGCAGUCAAAUGUUAUGAUCUUGUUUUUGCAGUCUUGUGUGCUGAGUAAAAUGUCAAAAAAAAUAAAAGCAUUUGGUAUAAAAACUAGUGUGGUUGUUAGGAGGAAUUUGGGGCUAUCAUCAUCUACAUUACAUGACAUAAUGAUUCUGUUGCUAAGUCGCUGCAUGGACUUGGAAACACUUUAGUGAACAUGCCAGCAAAUAAAAAUUUACA